AUGAAUGCUGCUGCAGCAACACAGCAAAUGCUGGAUCUAUUUGACAUUCUGGGAAUUGUCCAUUUUGGCAUUGCUGGAAAUGCCAACAAUUCCUUGUCUAUAGGUGAUGUCACCAUUCCUCAACAGUUUUCUCACACUGGCAUUUGGGAUUGGCUGUAUGGGAAGGCCAACACUGCUCGGCCGCUGUUUUGGGCAAAUACUACUCGGCAGUGGCUUCAGGUUGCUGCCAACUUGAAGGGGAUCAAACUGAACCAAUGUUUGAAUUCAAGUGUGUGUCUGCCACAGAAGCCGCAGUUAGUUGUUGGUCUUAGGGGAUCAACAGCCAAUAUUUUUGUGGACAACGCAGCUUACAGGGACUUCCUUUUUCAAAAUUUUCGAGUUUCAUCCGUGGACAUGGAAAGUUCAGCUGUGGUAAUGACAAGCUUGUCAAAUGGCUUCCCGGUGAUCGUCAUUCGAGGGCUAUCCGAUCUUGCAGGAGGACAAUCAGGACAUAACUCAAUUGACACCUUUGGGUCUCUUGCAGCUAUAAACGCUUGCAAAGUGGUUAUACAAUUUAUCAAGCAACUGCAUCUUGAUACUAGGGAACCUGGCUUCCCAAGAUGUAUACAACCCUAA